AUGAACUCCACUAAAUUUCAUGAUAUAUCAUUAAAGGAGAUAAGUCAAUGGAUUAGCAUCAAUGAAAGAACAUUAAUAAAUCAGAAUUCAAAUCAAACCAACACUCAAAAUACAGAAACCGGCAAUGGUUCAAUACCAAUCAUAGAUAAACUCCCUAUCAGAACGCCAAUUACGCCUGAACUAUGGAAGCGUAAUCCGUGCAUGUUUCAAAAAUGCCUUCUCUCUAGGUUGGCUAGUGUGAAGAUACUAUCCCACGCGAUCAGUGGAAGAAACAUAGAAGUAAUGGGAAUGCUAGUAGGAUACAGUAGUAAUGAUAUCAUUGUAGUAAAAGAUUGCUAUUCUUUACCAGUUCAAGGGACAGAAACAAGAGUGAAUGCUCAUAUGGAAUCAUAUGAAUAUAUGGUACAAUAUCUUGAUGCAUUUGUAGGCAAAGAGGAUAAAAUUGUUGGAUGGUAUCAUUCGCACCCUGGUUAUGGAUGUUGGCUCAGUAAUAUUGAUAUUCAGACCCAAUCAUUAAAUCAAAAUUAUCAAGAUCCAUAUAUCGCCAUAGUCGUCGAUCCUAAGAAGAGUCUCGAAGAGAAAAGGUUGGAAAUCGGUGCUUUUAGAACAAUACCGUCCAAAGAAAGUAAUAAAAAUGAUGCAUUUUAUCCACUUAAUGUGCAAAUAUACCAAAACAGAUUUGAUGCGUCUAUGUCAAAAUUACAAUUCAAAUUCCAAGUAGAUUCAAAGGUUAGAUAUGAUCACAAUGAACCAGAAUUAUACAAGGAGUUGCUUGAAUGCGUCGGAAAUUGGUUCCAUGCAAAGAAAAUGAUGAAAAAUACGACUGUUCCGAUAUUUUCUAUUGAUUCUGAACCUAUGAACGAUAAUACUAGUAUAAAUGAUGAAAUGAUGCAAGAAAGAUCUAAUUCAAUUUCUUCGACGUCAUCUUUGACCACGAGGCAUACUACAGAUGUUGAAAUGGACGAACAAGAAAGUGAACAGAGUAGCUUAGAACUGGCAGCCAAUCCUGUGCCUGGUGUGCAUUUCCAAGAAGCGGAGGUUAGACAAGACUAUGAACUCAAAAAGAAGAGACUAUUACUAUUAAAAGUCAAACAAUACCACAAACUUAAAACAUAUAAACAGUUAUUUAUGGAAUCUGGAUGA